AUGUCGCACAUCACGGCGAAAUGCAUCCUCAUAUUCUCCAUCCACCGAAACAAGAGCUCUGAGGGCGUUUCCCUUCUGACACAGCUGUUCUACGCCCUCGUCUUCGUUACCCGGUACACCGAUCUCUUUCGAGAAUCCUACGCAUGGAACUACUUCUUCAAGGUCUUCUACCUACUCUCGUCCUUCUACACCAUUGGGAUCAUCCGGUUCAUUUAUCCGCGCACCCGCGAGCGCGAGGUAGCCUGGAAGCUGAGCGCCAUAAUCCUCGCCGCGUGCCUGUUCCUAUCGCCCUUCGUCAUGCUCAUCUUUGAUGACUGGUGGAGUUUCCAAGAGUACCUCUGGGUCUUUUCCCAAGUCCUCGAAUCCGUUUGCGUCCUCCCGCAGCUCCUCCUCCUCCGCCAGACCACCAUCCCCACCGUGAUCACCUCCUUCUACAUCGUCUUCCUCGGCUCCUACCGCGGUCUCUACCUGCUCAACUGGAUCCUCAAGGAGCUCGACACCAACAUGAAGAAGCCCAACCCGAUCUCGGUCAUUUUCGGCGUCAUCCAAACAGCCCUCUACCUCGACUUCGCCUGGGUUUCGCCCGCGAUAUUGACGGCAACGGCACCGACGACGAGGAGAGUGCCCCCCGCGCUGGGUCGCAACGGCUUCAACCACCACCAACAACAGAACGGCGGUAACAACAACGGCGGCGGCGGGGUGCGCCCCAAGUGGGGAUCGCGCGGCAUCUCCAUCAGCGCGGACGAGGGCGUGCUGGAGCACGAGCGCGAGCGUGGUCAGGCGCUGGACGAGGACGAUGAUGAGGAUGGUGGUGUGGCGGGUGCCGUAGACCCGGACGCCAAGAUGCGCGAUCCGGACGAGCUUGCCCUGGCGCUGGACGAGGACGAGGAUCUGGAUGCCCCCGGCGCCUCUUCGGCUUCGUCGGCGCAGCAAAAGAAGGAUACCCAUACCCAGCCGAGUGGGGUGCGGGGCGGGGAUGAGUGGAAUGAUGAUUGA